AGUGCUGGAGCAGUGGCGCUAUAGCCACGAAAGUGACUGGCAGUGGGCUCUGCGGCGCAGCUUCAUCUGUCGGCACCUGCACAGCUAUCCCGGGGCUGCACUCGAUCAGCUCCUCGCGCUCUCUGCUGCGUGGACCAACCACGUCUUCCUGGGCUGCAGGUAUAGCCCACACUUGAUGGAGAAAAUUCUCCAAAUGGCUGAAGGUAUUGAUAUUGGGGAGAUGCCUUCAUAUGACCUGAUGCUGCCCAAACCUUCCAAAGGCCAAAAACGCCACCUCUCAACAUACGAUGGUCAAAAUCCUCCUAAAAAGCAAGCUGGUUCCAAAUUCCAUGCGAGACCUCGUUUUGAGCCUGUACAUUUUGUAGCUAGUAGUUCAAAAGAUGAAAGACAGGAAGAUCCUUAUGGCCCUCAAACCAAAGAGGCAAUCGAACAAACACAUUUUUCCAGCAUGCCACGAAACAUCUACCAAGAUUAUACUCAAGACUCUUUCAGUAUACAAGAUGGGAAUUCUCAGUAUUGUGAUUCGUCAGGAUUUAUUUUCACAAAAGACCAGCCUGUCACAACCAACAUGUAUUUUGAGAGUGGGAAUCCUCCCCCAAGCAGCACCUCCCAGCAGGCCAACUCUCAGCCAGCACCCGAGCCAGCCUCAUCCCAAACAUACCCGGAGUCAGUGGUAGCCGAGAAGCAGUAUUUUAUUGAAAAGCUAACAGCAACUAUUUGGAAGAACCUUUCUAAUCCAGAGAUGACUGCUGGCUCUGAUAAGAUUAAUUACACAUACAUGCUAACUCGUUGUAUCCAGGCUUGUAAGACAAACCCUGAGUAUAUAUAUGCUCCUUUAAAAGAAAUCCCUCCUGCUGACAUCCCCAAAAAUAAAAAACUACUCACAGACGGCUAUGCUUGUGAAGUGAGAUGCCAGAAUAUCUACUUAACUACAGGUUACGCUGGCAGCAAGAAUGGGUCCAGAGAUCGUGCUACUGAGCUAGCUGUAAAACUCUUGCAGAAAUGUAUUGAGGUUAGAGUUGUCCGGCGGAAAUUUAAGCACACAAUUGGAGAGGACCUGGUAGUGUGUCAGAUUGGCGUGCUUUCCUAUGACUUUCCUCCAGCUCUAAAACCCCCGGAAGACGUGGUAGUGCUGGGGAAAGAUGCUUCCGGCCAACCCAUCUUUAACUCUUCCGCCAAACACUGGACCAAUUUUGUCAUUACCGAAAAUGCAAACGAUGCAAUUGGCAUCCUUAACAAUUCUGCCUCAUUCAACAAAAUGUCUGUCGAGUACAAAUAUGAAAUGAUGCCAAAUCGUACAUGGCGUUGUCGAGUGUUUUUGCAGGAUCACUGCUUAGCUGAGGGUUAUGGAACCAAGAAAACAAGUAAACAUGCAGCUGCUGAUGAGGCUCUGAAAAUUCUCCAGAAAACCCAACCCACAUACCCAUCUGUCAAAAGUUCACAGUGCCAUUCAGGCUCUUCACCCAGAGGAUCUGGAAAAAAGAAGGAUAUAAAGGAUCUUGUUGUGUACGAGAACUCCUCGAAUCCCGUGUGCACACUGAAUGAUACAGCUCAGUUCAACCGCAUGACGAUUGAGUACGUGUAUGAAAGGAUGACAGGCCUCCGCUGGAAAUGCAAAGUGAUUCUGGAAAGUGAAGUCAUUGCAGAAGCCGUUGGGGUGAAGAAAAGUGUCAAAUACGAAGCUGCUGGAGAAGCUGUGAAAACCCUCAAGAAAACCCAGCCAACUGUCAUCAACAACCUGAAGAAAGGAACUGUGGAAGAUGUGAUUUCUAGAAAUGAGAUUCAGGGCCGCUCUGCAGAAGAGGCUUACAAACAACAAAUCCGAGAAGACAACAUAGGAAAUCAGCUGCUGAGAAAGAUGGGUUGGACUGGUGGUGGGUUAGGUAAAUCUGGCGAAGGCAUACGGGAGCCUAUCUCAGUCAAAGAGCAGCAUAAGCGGGAAGGGCUAGGUCUUGAUGUAGAGAGAGUCAAUAAAAUUGCCAAGAGAGAUAUCGAACAGAUCAUCCGCAACUAUGCCCGCUCCGAGAGCCACACAGAUUUGACAUUCUCCACUGAAUUGACCAAUGAUGAACGGAAGCAGAUACAUCAGAUUGCUCAGAAGUAUGGCCUGAAGAGUAAGUCUCAUGGGGUGGGCCAUGAUAGGUACCUGGUGGUAGGAAGAAAAAGGCGGAAGGAAGAUCUCCUAGAUCAGCUCAAACAGGAAGGCCAAGUGGGGCAUUACGAGCUUGUUAUGCCUCAAGCAAAUUGAAGAGCAUACUAUAUUUUAUUUUCUUAAUGCCUAAUGAGGCAGCUCUGUGGUCAAAAGAAAAUGCUACAUGUUCUGGUUACAGAGUACUAGUCAUUCUUAAGAUGUUUCGCCUUGUUCAUUUCAUGUAGAGCUUUAUUAGGUACUGGAAUCUGAAGAAAUCCAUCUUGUACUAGCUUCAUCCUGCAGAUAAUAUUGUGCAGUAACUGUGUGUGUCUCUUGAUAAUGCUAUGCCCCUUGGAGUUUAAGUAGUUUGCUCAAGCAAGAAUACAUCCAAAUGGAAUUCCACACUGAGAAAGAAAUUCACCUUUUAAAGGGCAUAGCACAGCAAUCUGCAACAAUAUAUAUGUCAAGUCAAUAUUGACUCCAGUUAAAUGGCAGUUUUAAUUUCCAGACUUCUGGAAAAAUGUCAGUUCAUUUUUGUAUGAUCUCUUUUCAUCUUUGUGUGAAGCCAGUUAUAGAAUGUUUAACAGUAAAUUGUGCUGUACGUGUAAAUGUCAGCUAAACGAUGUAAAACUUUCUUAAAAGUACUUUGUUCAUUUAUUUAUAACUUCAAGUCAUGUGAUUUUCAGAGUAUUGAAAGUAAUUCACUGUACCUUGUGAUCUAUAAGUUUUAACAAAAUCCUAGUCUUCAUGCUGAGAGAGCACUACUUGAGAGAGCAGUUGAAAAGUUUCAAAAACUUUUCAUUCAAUGGAAGGAAGGAAGUUUGAACUGUUUGUUCUUGGUGCCUUGCAGAGAGACUCACAGCAACUCUCCAUUGUAGCUUUGCCAUGGUUUGGAUGUGCAGCACAUCCCAGGCAACCACAGCUGUGGCAGAGCUUGAUAAAAGACUGAAGAUACAUUGGUGCUUUGAUGCAAAGGUCAGUUGGCUGGUCCCUCUCUCUCGGGAAAAAAAAAAAAAAGCUUAUUAAACCCCCAAAGCCAACUUUGUAACAUAUUUAAAACUGCUAUUUUCGCUUAUUUCUGGAAUGUAAAAAAAAAUGUAUAAAAAGAAUUAGUGUAUGCUUCCUGAAUAAACCAAGGAGCCAGAGUUGA